CCGAUAGAUAAAGGUAACAAAAAUUUGUACGCGUUAAAAUUUCGGAAAAUUCUUGAAGAAGAUGAAAAAGAAGACGACAAUGACAGAUGUAAUCGAACAGGGUGGGGGGAAGCUGUCUGCAAUUCCACACACACACACACACACACACACACACACACGACACAUUGAAAUGUCACAAUAUGACAAAGUCCUUGUCCCUUUCGCUCUCUUGAGAAGGACGCUCCACACCCUCAGAUUUUAGCAGCGCUGAAAGCAGACACUCCUGUUUGCUUCUAACUCACAUUCCAAGCCCGCCGCUGAUCUCUUCCUCCUCGCAGACCGCCUCUUACCCCGGAGGGUUGGCUGAGCGUUGACGGACAAGGUAGCUUCUACCUGUUCAGGUGUACUCCCAGCCGCUCUCGGCUUCCUCUUCUUCCCCGGUUUGGCUCCCAAUCCCGGUGGCUUCUCCUGUUUUCCGAAGCGCUGUCCAAGGCCCAGGUCAGCCUCACCGUUCCGGAGCAAGGAUGCUUAGAUAAACUCCCCCUGCAGCGGUUUCUUUGUACGACGCUAGACUUCCAAAGGUGCAGUCCCAGCUGAGUUGCCUCCGUCCCUGAGAGACAUUCCUGUAGCCAGAGACCUUCCUGGAUCGAGAACGAGGAGUCGGAACCGCACAGAAGUGGGACUGCAAAGCCCUGUUCCUGAUGUGAAGGCUGCGCAACACCACUGGAACACCCAACCCAACAUCUGGAGAACAUCUUCUCACCUCCUAAGGGGAAGUCUUUGAGGUACCUGCUUUCGAAAACGGAAAUGUAUAUCCAUAGGCUUGUCUUCACCUCGUCUCCGAGCACAGACCCUGAAGACGAAAAACCGAGCAGCCCCCAGUCCAGUUCGCGAGUGGAGCUGAAGUUUGAAGAGGCAACAGGCGACGAGUAUUUUGACUUGGGCCACCACCGCGAGGAGAGGGCUGGGAAUGGGUGGGGAACAGCCGAGCCCCCCGAAAACGGGUCAAAGUCCAUCAAUGGGAGGAAGGACCUUUGGACUUCACCGCCGGACAGAGAGUCCAAGCUGGAGGUGGUCAAAUCCGGCUCGCUCUACGACAUCCGGGCCUACAAAGGCGAGACGAAGCCUUCGAGGCUUUACAACGGGGACGAAGAGGAGCUAAGGUACAGGAUCCGUCCCGAGGAGGCCUCGCCGGAGAAAGCCGAGGAGCUGGAGGAGGAACGGCGGGAGAUCAUCCGCAGCCAAGUGGUUAGGAAGAGCACCACCAUGGCCGAGAAGUGGAGCUCCACGGAGGAGCUGGAGGCCAUCAAUGCUGGCCGAGAAACCGCCCCGAGAACGAGGAGUUAUUCCACUGGCUUCGCGGUCUGUUUUGACAGCCCGUCUUCCCUCUGGGAGAGCAGCCCCGUCAACCCUCAAAACAUAGACACGGAGAAGAUCAAUUUUGCCAUGGCUCGGCAACAGUUCUUGGAAUUGGAGAAGGUCAACCCCAAGAUGCUUCUGGGGCCGAGGAAACCGGCGCCGAGCUCACGGACAACGCAAAACGUUCAGGGGAUGGAAGGGCAGAAGAUUCCUGAUGUCUACAGCCAGAGAAGAAUUGGUUGGUCUACUGAGCGGGCAGAUAGUCACGUUCUCCAAAGAACAGAGCCCACGUCUCCCAAGCAAGCCCCUAUUUGUCAAAACUCGACUGGAGGCGGCUGGGAUUACGGUCUGGCAGAAAUGCCCCAAAACUCAAGCGUCGUGGCGUCCGAUGGAAGAAGGGUCUACAUCAAAGAGGCGGCAGGAGAACCUCUGGAUUGGGAGACCGGUGGCCAAGGCCUUGCCGAAGGAGAUCUGGGGUCCUCGGACGAGACACCCAUCGAGCGGGAGAUCCGUCUGUCGAUGGAAAGGGAGGACGCCCACCGGAAAGAGAGAGGGAUCCACCGGGUCAACAGCCGGGACGAGCUGGUGGAAAUCCAAACCAAGCCUCUGUUGCUGUCGGACGACACGCCGCCGGUUUCCUCCCGGAAAGGAAAAGAGAAACACACCGUUUCCUUCUUCGUGCAGAGGGAGAUUGAGCAGGAAACCAGGCGCGAGGAGGACCUGCAGAAGGAAGGGAGGCUGCUGUCCGGGACGUACGACAAGGGGGUCCGACAGGAGUUAUCGGAACGCCGGAAAGUGUUCGAAAGGGACGAGGCGGCCCCCAUGACGGCAAGGAUGCCGGGGGAGUCAGAGGAGGCCCAGAACGGCGACCCCGGGAGAAGGAUGGCCGGCCAGGACGUGAAGUCGACCUCAGAGGCCUACCAGCCUUCUUUGGCCAGCGGAAGAAAGCAAAGGGGUGACUUGCACCCUUUCGACCGGAACGACACAGGCCAGCGGGUGGAUCCCUCUGGGUCUCGGGUACCGGAAGACUCGGGAGAGGAGCCUGCGGUUUUGCGGGAAGGACAUUUCGCCAUCCCGGUGAGGAAGCUCAAGUUCUCGUCUGCCGGUGACCGGGAACCCCCGACCUCCCGGGGGAAAGAGGGCAGGCUGGAGGGGUCCGCUCCCCGGGAGGAGCUGUACACCGUGAAGACGCGGAGACCCCGGAUGUCGGCCCUGAUUGACCAGGAGAUCCAGGACGCUUUGCAGAGGGAAGUGGAGCUUCAGGAGCAGCGCAGGAGAACUGGGACGGCGGGGGCACCCUCUCGGACGUCGUCGCAGAGCUCAGCUGCUUCAGGAAUUGCCGACAGCUACUGCGUAUCGGCCGCGGCUGCUCCCGAUUCCCCCGCAAGCUCGUCCCCCUCGCCGUCGGUGCGGCAAGCCUACGCGGGGAAACCAUCCUCGGAACCGGACUGGAGAGCGCAGCGUCCAUCGGCGGAAGAGGAGAAGACGAAGAGGCACAGGGAGGGAGGAACGUAUGCUGGCAUCGAUCUGCACGACGAAAUCGACUCCGAGGUUGUGAAAUCCACCAAAGUCGUCUGCCAGAGGGGACUCCUAGCUCAGCUUUGGGAGACGGGCCAGAUCCGCGGGGCCGUCGACGACAGCGACUGAACCUUGGAGAGGAACUAGAUUUCCCAAAGCCGGCAUCGGCACCCGCUGCGGGGCUUUUCUUUGGUUUUUAUUUCUCUGGUCCCCCAAGUGUUUUCCCGUUCGAUCUCUUGCCGGGUUUGGCUGUCGGUUGGAUCCUGCCGACCCAUCUAUGUCCGAUUAAAAUUUUGCGUCGUUUUGA